UUUACCAGUCCAUUGUUAUUUGUUUAAAAUUGUUGCCUUCUAAAUGUCGUUUGUUGGUUAAUUUAUGAGUCUGAAAACAAAUAUUAUUCCAUUAAAAUGUCAAACUGUGAAUCUCAAAAGCCGGAGGCAGCUAAAGACAAUGUAUCGACUAAUUCUAUUGACGAAGGACUGCCUCGAGAGUUGAGCCAACUAAGCCUUUCAAGUGGAUCUAAUCCAGAUGAAUACCACUUUAAUAAGGGGCAUUCUGAAAGUACUAUGAAAAAUAUUUACGGAUAUUACCAAUCACAAAAACUUUGCGAUGUUACAUUAAUUGCCGGCGGAUGCAGGAUUCCAGCACACAAAGUUGUUUUAGCAUCUUGCAGUGAGUACUUUGCGGCCAUGUUUACAGGCUCCCUAAGGGAAGCUCAGUCAUCAGAAAUAACUCUAGAGAGGGUUGACUCACAAACACUUAGAUCACUUGUUCAGUAUUGCUAUACAGGCAUUAUAGAGCUAAGUGAAGAUACAGUAGAGAUCCUACUCUCAACAGCCAGCUUGCUCCAAUUGCAUUCAGUUACAAAAGCUUGUUGCGAUUUUCUAGAGAAACAGUUGGAUCCAUGCAAUUGUUUAGGAAUAGCUUUGUUUGCUGAACAACAGUCUUGUAUGAGUUUGCACAAAAGUGCUGUGGAUUAUAUCCAGCAACAUUUUAUGCAGGUUGUUAAACACCAAGAGUUCCUGUCUUUACAAACAGAACAGAUGUCAGAGUUGCUCAAAUCAGAUGAUCUCAAUGUAGAGACUGAAGAAACUGUGUUUGAAAGUCUUAUGACAUGGGUGAAGCAUGACAAUGCAAAUAGGGAUAAGAAUUUGUCCGAGUUGCUUAAGUUGGUUAAACUGCCUCUUCUCUCAUCAGAGUAUUUGAUAGAUAAAGUAGAACAAGUAUGCUGUGAUAUUCCGGAGUGCCAGCCACUUAUAAUGGAAGCUGUGAAGUGGCACCUAUUACCAGAAAGGAGGUCCCUUUUGUUUUCACACAGGACUAGGCCUCGGACCUCAACUAUUGGACGACUUCUGGCUAUUGGGGGCAUGGAUGGUUACAAGGGAGCCAGCAACAUGGAAAUGUAUGAUCCUCGAACAAAUUCAUGGACUCCAUUUAUGAGAAUGGGUGCUAGAAGAUUGCAGUUUGGAGUUGCGGUGAUGCAAAAUAAACUAAUUGUUGUUGGUGGCAGAGAUGGACUGAAAACUUUAAAUACGGUGGAGUGUUUUGAUCUCACAUCCCUGAGUUGGAGCACUCUCGCGCCCAUGAACACUCACCGACACGGGCUGGGCGUCGCCGUGCUGGGUGCCGGAGCCAAUUCCCCCAUCUACGCCGUGGGAGGCCACGACGGGUGGAUCUAUCUCAAUUCUGUUGAAAGAUGGGAUGCGUGUUCGCGGACUUGGACGAUCGUUUCACCAAUGGCAGGCGCUCGGAGCACGUGCGGCGUGGCCUCACUACGCGGACGACUGUACGCCGUGGGUGGACGCGACGGUGGCGCUUGCCUGCGCUCCGUCGAGUGCUACGACCCCGCCACCAACCAUUGGACCAACUGUGCGCCCAUGACAAGACGACGCGGUGGCGUCAGCGUGUGUGCGGCGAACGGGUACCUGUAUGCGCUGGGCGGGCACGAGGCUCCGGCCAACACGGUGGGUGGACGCCUGGCCUGCGUGGAGCGGUACGACCCCGCCAACGACUCGUGGGUGCUGCUGGCGCGCCUGUCCUACGGCCGCGACGCCAUCGGCUCCUGCCUUUUGGGCGACAGGAUCGUGGCCGUUGGCGGGUACGACGGCGUGCAGUAUCUGUGCGUGGUGGAGGUGUACGACUCGGAGAGCAACACGUGGCGCAAGCUUGCUCCGCUUAGCACGGGACGCGCGGGCGCGGCAGUCGUGUCCGUGCCACCGCCGCGAAACCUGUUCUGAUACGCGGUGCACCAGCUCGUCAUCUACAUACGAGUCUGAGACCUCUUCCUGCCGCAUGAGACACCUACUCGCUUCACCACCGCCUGCCGUCGCGUACCCGGUACAUCGUACGCUUCAUAUUAUGUGCGCAAAAGCACUGCCUACCUUAAAACUUCCUUUAAGGUUUUUUCCAUUUUAUG